AUGGAAACUGAUAAGCAGCCAACACCACCACACUCAUCGAACGCUUUUUCCGAUGGUUUCAACGCGCAUCGCCUAUCAACCACAGCUGAGGAAAGCUCAAUUGCAUCAAAAUCGUCGGAGCAAUUGUGCGAGAUCUCAUCUAGUGCAGUGGCGAAAAGCACCGCACCAGAUACCGCAGGAUCGGAUGCAGUAACUCAAACUAAACCUUCAACUCCAGAAGCUCCCGCAACCACUACAAGCACAACAGGACCACCAGUAUCAUUUCGUUCACGCGGUUUCAGAGGCGCUCAUGCCAGCUUUCGACUUCGAAUGCUUCAAGAGCAACACGGAUUCGAACCGGUUCCUUCAUUUUCUAAUACUGUGAUUUUCCUCAUUUCAGUGGCUUGUCUUGAAUGUCUCUCUCAAUUGGCUGCACUCUCGAUAAUCUUGAAGUUUAUUUGA